CUAAUUGUUAGUAGAUGCUAGUAACUAUUACUAUUACGCUUGCUACUGAGCCAGUGUAAAAAAAUCGCGGAACAUCUCCCUAAAAAUCACGAGCUUCUCCCCCAGAUUUAUUAUUACCAGGGAUAAGUGAUACAUCACCAGUGACAAUGGAAUUUACUACCCCCGGCAUAUGGUCAGGAACUAAUCGUUCCGCCAGAAUCCUUAGGGAGAUCAAUAAUAAUAAUCGAAUCUCGCUAAGGAUAAGAGCUAAAUUUAAGGAAGUUAACCAAUUGACUACGCUCUUUUUAACCAACCAAUUGGCUAAUUACUCUCAGCAACAAAGUCACAGUCACAGUCAUAGUGAACCAGAAGAGAAAUUAUUCAAAAUUUUACAAAAGACUUUUCAAGAUAUAUAUUAUUUGUUAGACAUUGAAGAUUUUAAAUUCAAUAAAUUAUCUACUAUAGAUUUAAAGAAAUUACAUAGUUAUUAUUCUCAAUUGAAUGAGGUGGAAUUCAAUUUAGAUUUGAGUGUAGCUGAUGUUAAUGAUGAAUUAACUAUCAAUGCUACUACUUUACAAUUAAUUAAUUACUACGUUUUGCUUACAUCCACUUUGAAAUUAUCAAAUUCCGUUAUUUAUAAAACCUUAGAACUUAAGAAUCAAUAUGUGUAUUGGUCAGAUAUUAAGAGUUCUAACUUCAAUAAAUUAAUUUAUCUUAUUCAAUCUUUACCUUAUAAGUUGUAUAUAUUUGGUAAAAAUGUUAUUGAACAUUUAGAAAUUCAUCCUACAAAUGAUACUACUCAUAGUUUAACUAAUUAUGAUAAGCAGGGUACUGAAGAAGACAAUGAUAUAUAUUUCUCAUGGAUAAGAAUUAAGAAGAGUAUAUCAAGAUUUUAUGAAGCUAUUUCAAAAACUUUUGGACGUUCAUUCACUAUUAAUAAUCCAAGUUUUUCCUUAUCAAAAAUAUCUGCUGUUAGAAGUAAUACUAGAUAUUAUUUAGAUUGGAUUAAAUUUAUUUGGAAAUAUCCAAUUAAUUUAAUUAAUAAUGAUCUUAAUGAAAAACUUUCAAAAAUCAGUAAACAGAUUGAAGAAAAUACUGGUAAGAUUGAUUUAUUAAUUAAAACUAAUUUGAAUGAUAAAGAAUCUACUUUAGAAGCUCUUGAAUCGAUUUCACUUAAUAACCAAUCACAAUCCAUUGAUAAUGAGUUUUCAACUAAACCAGAUAUUCAAAGAUUAAAUGAUAUCUUAAUUAAUAUUAUACGCUUUGAUUCUAUAAAUUAUUAUGAAACUGAAAUCCCAUCACCAUUAAGUAGAUAUUGGCCAAUUAUAUUGGCAACUUUAGUAUAUGGUCCUUCUCAAUCAAUAAAGUUAUAUUCUAAUCGGGAAGAAAUUAUUGAUUGGUUAAAAUUUAAUCUAAUUGAUACGGUUACUGGAUUCUUUAAGAAUUGGGUUAUAAAGCCUAUUAAUGAUUUAUUAAAUACAUUAAGAAGUGAUGAUACAUUAUCAAUCACCACUAAAGAAUCACUUAAAUCAGAUUUAGAUUCAUUAGAAAGAAUGAUAAUAGAAUUUGCUCAAGAUGAAACUUCUAAUCCACCAGAUGCUCAACAAAUACAUGAAGCUAUUCAAAAUGGAGAUUUAACAUUAGUUAUGAAUCAAUAUGAAUCACAAAUUAAAACUCCUGUAAAAUCUCUUUUAAAGGGUAAUUUAAUAAGAUCCAUUUUAAUUCAAAUUCAAAAGACCAAAGUUGAUGGAGGAUAUGCAAUUAACGGAAUAGACAAAAUCUUAAAAUCUCAACAAUUAGUGUUUGGUUUUGUUUCCAUUACUCCUUCAUUGUUUAUCCUCUAUCAAUUUUGGUCAUAUUUGAGUAGUACUAAACCAAUAUUUGUAAAUGGUAAACAAGUUAAUAUAAUUUGUUUGAAAUCUUUGAAUAAUAUUGAGAGUUUAUUGGUAUUAAUUAAUAAUCAAGUCCAGCAUACCUCAAGUUCUGAUGAACAAUUUACUGAAUAUGAUAAACAAAUAUCUAAGAAUUAUGAAGGACAAUUAUUAAUUGAAAUAAUUAAUUUAAUUGUAGUAGCUGAUUUAAUAAUUCCUAAAGCUUUAAAAAGUGAUUGGAUAAAUGAUUUAAAUGAAUUAAAUAAUAAUGAUUUUGAUAUAACCACUAAAUUACAAUUGGUUAGAAAGAUAUGGAAUAUGUAUGGUCAUUAUUUUAGAUAAGAGAAUCAUUACAUUAUAUUAUAU